GGCGGGGCCACAAAGCACCCAACACGCUCGUGGAAUCACCCUUGGGUGCUCCCCGAGGCUGACCGCCCCGCACAGGCCGGCGCGGGGGAUGGCCCGAGAGCAGCAGGCUCCCUGGAGGGCACCGUAGCCCCCUCACAGGCCCGCACCCACACGCCCACUUGCCUGAUUUCCGCUUGUACCUCGUGAUGAUGAAAUAGGAAGCCACGUAGAGGACAGCGAACAGGAGGAAGCAUAUCUGAAAGAGAGCAGACCUGGGACUGCCGGGCCAAUGCUGAAAAGCCGUGGUGCGCUCCUCGGCCGGGCUCGGGGCUGAGAGGACACACCCUCCGCCCCCAGCGCCUCGCUCCGCCACCUCCGCCAGCAUGGCAGGUCGGGUCGUCUCCUUCGCCAAGGGCUUCCUGGCAGACGUCACCACCACCCUCUCCAAGACAGCCGCAGCCCUGAACCAGCGGGGCAAGCUGCUGCCACAGGGGCAGCCGGCCAGCACACACAGGCCAGCCGACAUGCAGCUUGAGGGCGCCGUGGAGCGCACUGCGCGCAUUCCCAAGGGGCAGGCGCACCCCCCGUCCUUCUGGCGGGGCACCCUGGUCAACCUCAUCAGUGACAUCCCCACCCGACCCUUCAACUUUGCCCUCAAGGAUAAGCACUGGCAGCUCCCCGGGGGGCACGCGGACCAGCACGCACACUCCUGGAGGGGCGUGGCCGGCAAGUCAGCUGCCCUUUGCCUCGUCUACCCCCUGGACUUCACCAGGGCCCGGCUGGAUGCCAGUGCAGGGAAGUCAGGCACACAGCGGGAGUUCAAGGCCCUGAGCAACUGUCUGGUGAAGACCAGCAAGUCCGACAGCAUCCGGGGACUGUACCAGGGCUUCGACACCCCUCUGCAGGGCACCAGCGUCGACCACAGGGCACCACCAUCUGCAGGGCACCAGCCACAGCUGCAGGGCAGCACCACCUACAGGGUAUCACCACCCACAGGGCACCACUGUCUGCAGGGCACCACCAUCUACAGGGCACCACCAUCUACAGGGCAGUACCACCUACAGGUCACCACCGUCUACAGGGCGUUACCAUUUACAGGGCAACACCUACAGGUCACCUCUGUCUACAGGGCGUCACCAACUCCAGGGCAGCACCUACAGGUCACCACCGUCUACAGGGCAUCACCAUCUAAAGGGCGUCACCGUCUACAGGGCACCUCCGUCUACAGGGCGUCUACUGUGGCACGCACGACGGAGCACGCGCCCCGGCCCCAGGAGCACGUGCGUCGCGGUGAGCCGGAUGACCGCCCUGAGGGCGAGAGCCGAGGCCAGCGCGGCCCCCCGCCGCUCCUACACCACGCAGCGUCGCGCGGCGAUGCGGUUGGGCCACAGAGCUGCUGACGUCGCGGCCAUGACCCCUGGGACUGCUGGAGGGAGAUCUUCAGAGCGGAGGGGGCAGGCCAUCCAGAGUGCAGUUGUCGUGGUCCUGGCCAGAUCACGCAUUAGAGGCCGGUGGAAAGCUCUGGAAAAGGGUUCAUUGUGAUGACGACCACUGGCACCUGAUUCCACACACUGACGCCGGCGGGGAGGAAGCCCCAGUCUCGGCCGGGGCAGGGCAGCUGGCCCCGCAGACCUAGCGUCCAGGCUUGUAGGCCCGAGUGUGCUCAAGUAUUUAUUUAACAGGCUCACGCCUCCACUUGACUUAAGCGCCAUCCUCUUUGGCACAGUCAAAUGUUUGCAAUCACCUUCUCUGUUGGGCAUUCUGCCACCAAACAAUAAAAAACUGGACAGAAAAAGGAAAACAAAGCAGUGCUGGGAGGGGACAUCAGGAAUGCCAGGCUCCUGAUCGCAGUGGGAAAGCGUCCGGUUUCUCACCAUGAGGCAUGAGGUUAGCGAGAGACGCCUGUGGACAUUCCCAGUCAGGGUGAGGAAGGUCCCCCUCCAUUCACAGCCUACCAAGUUUCAUCCUGAAUGGGUGUUUGGAUUUUGUCUAGGGCUGCUUCUGCAUGUAUCGAUGAGAACACAUUUCUGCUUUUAACCUGUGGAUGCCAUCAGGUUGCAGGAAGUGAUUUUUGAAUGCUGAGCCACUCUUGCAUACUUGGGUAAACUCCAUGUGAUCAUGGCGCAGUGCUCUUGUUAAACUGCACUUUCUGCUGUUUUCUUGCAGAAUUAUGCAUCUUCGCGAGAGCUUGACGU